CUGGCAACUGAGUAUAGGUGAAUCUAGAAAGAUAGACUAGAGCAAAGUACCAGUUAGACACACAAUACAAAGACUUGUGUGAAACAAUUUAAUACUGCAUUUAUUGCAGCUUUACAUUGGGUUUCAGACAUAUUUGAAUCAAAAGAAAUCUACUGCAAAGGAUACAUUUAACACGGCAGCUGGUGAGAGAAUGAAUGCUGACUGCAAUGGACAUUCAUAUAUGUCAGCCAGUGGAGGAGAGACAGCGACGGAGCAUGGUGAUUUCUGUGGAGGUCUGAGGGUUCCGGCCGUGAGAACUCAACAGUCCUCUCUCAACCAAUCUCUCGGUGUGAACUCUAUUAAGGUAGAGGAGGACAGUGACAAUGAGCCUGUUGGUGCUCUACAGCCAGAGAGGAGAAAAGGAGAGAGGGAUGACAGAGAGGACACAAUAGAAGACGGGAGUGGAGAGCUGGGAGGAAGGGUGGGUCGAGGGAGUGCAGGAAGUGGUUACGGGGAGCUGGCCAGUCCUCAGCCUGCAUCCCCGGGUCCCAUCCGACUGCCCAAUGGGAAGCUCCAAUGUGACGUGUGUGGAAUGAACUGUAUCGGGCCCAAUGUACUGAUGGUGCACAAGCGCAUCCACACAGGUGAGCGUCCAUUCCAGUGUACCCAGUGUGGAGCCUCCUUCACCCAGAAGGGGAACCUGCUGCGCCACAUAAAGCUGCACUCUGGAGAGAAACCCUUUAAAUGUCCCUUCUGUAACUACGCCUGUCGCCGCCGGGACGCACUCUCUGGACACAUCCGCACACACACUGUGCCCUCUCUGACAGUGGGUAAACCUUACAAGUGCAGUUACUGUGGUCGUAGCUACAAGCAACAGAUCACCCUGGAAGAACACCUUGAACGCUGCCACAACUACCUAAAGUGUCUACAGAACCAUCAGCCAGCACUCAGCACUGAACACACUGCACAGGGUAUGGAGCCGAUGUCUGAGCCAGAGGCUGUCCUCCAGCCGUCCACUGAGAAACUGUCUUUUAUAGACAGACUGGUGAACACCAUCACCAAACGCAAGAGGUCCACUCCACAGAAGUUUCUGGGAGAAAAGCACAUGAGGCUCAACGAGCCUGAUAUAACUUCUGAACUAUUCCCUGGUCCUGAAAAGGAAAAGGGUGGGGACCUGCACUCUGCACCCAACUCUCACCUUGAGGGAGAGGCUGGUGCUGCAGGGUUAGUGGGGAUGGGGGGCAGUUAUCUCCACAGGUAUGGAGGUGAUGAGGACCCUGGGUCUGAGCCCCCUCAGCUGGCCCUGCCCUACUCUGCCUGCCUGUCUGACCCCAGCCCAGUCAUCAGCUCUGUUUACAGCCACCCGAUUCCUCUGGGUCCCCAGGUCAAUGGAGCCGUAGGUGGGCGUGGAGGUGGGGUAGCGGCCAGGUUUGUGGAGCUCGCUGGACGGGAAGCAGGCGAGGGACACGAGGACAUACCCUCAGGUCAGAGCCCCACGGUCAGUAAUGGCUACAGCAAUGGCCCCAGCAAUGGCUGCCAUGAUUUCAAAGACAAGUCCGACACAGAGAGCACAGCAGAGGAGCAGCAGAGCACCGGUGUUACAGCUCCAACCAGCAACUCCAACAACCACCACCUCCUCCCUAACCUACAGUACGUAGCCCCAGCACUGCCCAGCAGCCGUCGCGACCGCCUUCCAAACCCCAAUCCCAGACACGCCCAAGACCCAGAUAUAGAGAGGGAGAGAGGGUACACCGACACCACCAUCCCCACCACUGUGAAGGGAUCGGGGAGCCCUGGUCCAGGGUCACCAUCCUUCUCCGGGGAAGCUUCGAUACAGGUACAGGUGGUGGACAGGGAGGGACGAGCGGUGCGGUCAUUUCGCUGUGAGCACUGUCGCAUGUUCUUCCUGGACCACGUGAUGUUCACCAUCCACAUGGGCUGCCACGGAUUCCACCAGCCUUUCCAGUGCAACGUCUGUGGCCACUGCAGCUGCAACCGCUACCAGUUCACCUCGCACAUCAUCCGCGGGGAGCACCAGGUGGGCUGAGGACGGGAGCACCAGGUGGGCUGAGGACGGGAGCACCAGGUGGGCUGAGGACGGGAGCACCAGGUGGGCUGAGGACGGGAGCACCAGGUGGGCUGAGGACGGGAGCACCAGGUGGGCUGAGGACGGGAGCACCAGGUGGGCUGAGGACAGGAGCACCAGGUGGGCUGAGGACGGGAGCACUAGGUGGGCUGAGGACAGGAGCACCAGGUGGGCUGAGGACAGGACCGCCAGGUGGACUGAGGACAGGAGCACCAGGUGGGCUGAGGACAGGAGCGCCAGGUGGGCUGAGGACAGGAGCGCCAGGUGGGCUGAGGACGGGAGCACCAGGUGGGCUGAGGACAGGAGCACCAGGUGGGCUGAGGACGGGAGCGCCAGGUGGGCUGAGGACAGGAGCGCCAGGUGGGCUGAGGACGGGAGCACCAGGUGGGCUGAGGACGGGAGCACCAGGUGGGCUGAGGACGGGAGCACCAGGUGGGCUGAGGAUGGGAGCGAAGGGGGAGAGCCGGUCCCAACUGCCCUACCUCUUAGCCCUUCCCCUUCAAUGUUUACACAUCAGAAGGAUCUGGAUAGGUAUAAUCAGUGUAGUGGUAGAGAUUUCACUGUAUUGCUUCCACAUUACAAGGGUGUGGGAGUGAAUUGAGACCGGCUGGGGGUGAAGGGGGUGGGUGGGGCGAGGGAAAGGCAGGGGUGUCUGCUUCUUUGAGGUGACAUGGGCUGCUUGUUCUGCACCAGAUUACACACAGAGAGACACCCAUUGCCUUAACUGUUACAUAGAAGUAACCCAGGAUGAUCUUGUUGUGACUGAGAGAAGGCGUAUUGUUUACAACUGUUAAUGUAAUGACGGAGUACGUGAUCAUGUAUAAAGGCCAUUAUGAACAUGAAAUAUCCUGCCUUAGGUGAUGUGGAUCCUUCACUGUGGAUGGUUACAGAUUUUAACCAUGGAGAUUAAGAAGAAAGCUAAUAGGGGCCUUAUAAUGCUGGUCUAGAUCAGACUGUUGACCCAUGUCCAGUGAUGGAUAGGGCUCGACUGAGGUGGUCAGGUAGACGAGGCUGCUACAUUUAAUGGAGGAUUGCACUUCUAGAUUAUUGGCUUGAAUGUGAUAAUAGCGUGACGUGAAAACUACUUUUAACUUUGAAGGGUAUUCAAUCAAUCAGUCAAAUGUAUUUAUAUAGCCAUUUUUACAUCAGCCACGUCACAAAGUGCUAUACAGAAACCCAGCCUAAAACCCCAAACAGGAAGCAAUGCAGGUGUAGAAGCCCGGUGGCUAGGAAAAACUCCCUAGAAAGGCAGGAACCUAGGAAGAAACCUAGAGAGGAACCAGGUUCUGAGGGGUGGCCAGUCCUCUUUUGGCUGUGCCGAGUGUAGAUUAUAACAGUGCAUUGCCAAUAUGUUCAAACCCACCAACUGUGCCAAAGCACAGCCCCCACACCAUUAGAGGUAUAUCUUCAAACCAACGACUUACUACCCUGAGACAAGGCUGAGUAUAGCCCACGAAGAUCUCCACCACGGCACGAACCUGAGGGGGGCGCCAACCCAGACAGGAAGAUCACAUCAGUGACUCAACCCACUUAAGUGACGCACCCCUCCUAGGGACGGCAUGGAAGAGCACCAGUAAGCCAGUGACUCAGCCCUCCUAGGGACGGUAUGGAAGAGCACCAGUAAGCCAGUGACUCAGCCCUCCUAGGGACGGCAUGGAAGAGCACCAGUAAGCCAGUGACUCAGCCCUCUUAGGGACGGCAUGGAAGAGCACCAGUAAGCCAGUGACUCACCACUCCUAGGGACGGCAUGGAAGAGCACCAGUAAGCCAGUGACUCACCCCUCCUAGGGACGGCAUGGAAGAGCACCAGUAAGCCAGUGACUCAUCCCUCCUAGGGACGGCAUGGAAGAGCACCAGUAAGCCAGUGACUCAGCCCCCAUAAUAAAGUCAGAGAAUCCCAGUGGAGAGAGUGGAACAGGUCAGGCAGAGACAGCAGGGGCGGUUCGUCGCUCCAGUGCCUUUUCGUUCAACUUCCGACCCCUGGGCUAGACUACACUCAAUCAUAGGACUUACUGAAGAGAUGAGUCUUCAAUAAAGACUUAAAGGUCGAGACCAAGUCUGUCUCUCUCACAUGGGUAGGCAGACCAUUCCAUAGAAAUUGAGCUCUAUAGGAGAAAGUCCUGCCUCCAGCUGUUUGCUUAGAAAUUCUAGGGACAGUAAGGAGGCCUGCAUCUUGUGACCGUAGCGUAGGUAUGUACGGCAGGACCAAAUCAGAGAGAUAGGUAGGAGCAAGCCCAUGUAAUGUUUUGUAGGUUAGCAGUAAAACCUUGAAAUCAACCCAGCCUUAACAGGAAGCCAGUGUAGAGAGGCUAGAACUGGAGUAAUAUGAUAUAUUUUGGGGGGUUCUAGUCAAGAUUCUAGCAGCCGUGUUUAGCACUAACUGAAGUUUAUUUAGUGCUUUAUCUGGGUAGCAUGAGAGUAGAUCAUUGCAGUAGUCUAAUCUACAAGUGACAAAAGCAUGGAUUAGCAUUUCCACAUAGUAUUUGGACAGACAUUUUCAGAUUUUUGCAGAUUGUUACGAAAAUGGAAAAAAACUGUCCUUGAAAUAUUCUUGAUAUGUUCAUCUAUUUUUCCUCCUAAGAUUGCACUGAUAAAUUACAAUGUAAUGCUUUAAAAAAAAAGAAGACUUUGUAUAGGAAGAAUGCUCUUCACAUAGGGUCUUAUUUAUGAAAAGGGGUCAUCUACAGAACUGGGUACUCUAAUUGGUCUGUCCCUCUCCUCUCCUCUUGGUGCUGAAUUGACCAUUGUUAGGGCCUUGUUUGGUUAAUCAUAUCACAUGAACUUUAUUUAAAGCUUCUUCAUCAAACUGUCCCCUUCUAUGUCAGAUGGUCCAGCACUGUCCUCAGACAAUUGUCAUCAAAUUCUCAUUUCUGGAAAAGGCUUAAAAUAAAGGUUCAAAUCCAGGUCAUAUAACAUGAUUAACCGAAACACAGGGCCCUAACCAUUGUGACUAAGGUUGUCAUCGCCAUCCUAAUUUACAGGUGAGAACAUCCACAGAACUGUGUAAUUUCGCACUGAAUGGUUCAGGAAACAAGGACAAUGUCUUGAUGGGUUGACUCCAGUUGCACAAAUGGACAGUGAGAAAAGUACUUAAAAUAUUUCAGCCUAUCAAAGACUAUUUUUUUAUGAAGUUUAUCAUUUUUGUAGUUAUGUGAAUAUCUAUAUGUUGUAGUGUGACACAUUUAGCAUAGCCUUGGUAGAUGUGAUCAGCUUCAGCUAUAUCCCAAGUCCAGCCACAGCGUAAGCAACCCAUUGGUCCAGAAAAGGUUACCUCCUGUGAUUUUAAAGCAACCGAAAACCUCUAUGUAUUUGUUUCCCAUCGCAGUGUGGGGACUGGUGAACAAUGUUUGAGACCAAAUUCAGUAUUUAAUGUUUUCUGUUUGCAUCCUCGUGUGAACAAAUGAAUAUAUAUUGUACUAUGAAUGCACUUGAUGUACAUAGGAUCAUUGUAUGACAUAUGAGUGAGAAAAUUUGAUUAUCAGAUUCUUAUUUAUCCUUUCCAGUGGCAGGUAGCCUAGCAGUUAAGAGCUUUGGGCCAGUAUUUAAAAGGUCAACUAGGGGGGGAAAAGAUCUGCCAAUGUGCACUUCAGCAAGACACUUAACCCUAAAUGUAAGUCGCUCUGGAUAAGAGUUUGCUAAAUUAUUAAAAUGUAAAACGUGUGUGAUGACAAAUUAAUUCUGUAUGAACUGUGAAGUAUCUUCAAGCAGCAGGUUAGUAACCUCAAGGAUAGUUAGGCCUUCAUUUAAUUGCAAUGUUGUAGAAAUAUUUUGUGAGAAGAAAUGUAACAUGACAAAGAACUAUUUACCUCAAGAUAACAGAGACACGAAACUGCCUCAUUCUUUGAAAUAAGUAACUUUUGGUAUCAAGUGCUUUUAUGGUGUGCAACCUAACACUGUUCAAGUAACGCAUGUCCAAUAAAAUACAUGAUGUUCUGAUUGGA